GGGCUCAAGGCGUUGGCCGCCCUACCGGCACCUGCCACAGCCGCAGUCCCCGGCCGAGCCCACGCUCUGGCCUGCGUUCCGAAUCCGGAGCCUGUGUCAUGGCUGAUGAGGCGCAGCCCAAUGACCGCCAUCGCCAGCUUCAGGGCAAGGUCCUGGUUCUGACUGUAUGUGCUGCAGGAAUUGGAGGUACAUUCCAGUAUGGUUACAACCUCACCAUCAUCAAUGCCCCAACAUCAUUUAUCCAGGCAUUUAUCAAUGAGACGUGGCUGGAACGCACCGGGCUGCCCCUGGAACAAAGCAGGAUAACCCUCAUGUGGUCCUUUGUUGUGUCGGUAUUUCCUCUGGGGGGACUCGCUGGAGCCCUCCUUGCAGGUCCUAUGGCUAUUAAACUGGGAAGGAAGAAAUCUUUGUUAUUGAACAACAUGUUUGUGAUCCUUGCUGCCUUGCUUGUGGGAGUCAGCCGGAUAGCAAAAUCCUUCGAAAUGAUCAUGCUGAGCAGAUUUUUUGCAGGAAUCAAUUCUGGGGUAGGCAUGAACAUUCAGCCCAUGUACUUGGGGGAAAGCGCACCCAAAGAGCUCCGUGGAGCAGUGACCCUGACAUCAGCAUCCUUUACUGCCCUGGGGCUGGUGCUGGGGCAAGUUGUUGGCCUGAGAGAGAUAUUAGGAGCAGAGGAGAACUGGCCUCUUCUUUUGGCCAGCAAUGCGGUGCCCAGCCUGAUCCAGCUGUUGCUUCUGCCCUGGGCCCCAGAAAGCCCCCGGUACUUACUAAUUGACCGAGGAGAUAAGGAGUCAUGCAUUUGUGCGUUGCAGAAACUGCGAGGCAGUCAUGACUUGAGCAGCGAGAUGAAGGAGAUGUUGGCUGAACAGGCAGCCGUCCAAGGAAAGAAAGCCAAAGGGCCUUGGGAGUUGUUCCGGAACCCUGCCGUGAGGUGGCAGCUGAUCACCAUCCUUGUGCUCAGCAGUGCGAUGCAGCUCUGUGGCAAUGACUCGAUGUAUUUCUAUGCCUCCUAUGUUUUCCAGGAGGCAGGGAUUCCUUAUGACAAAAUCCAGUACUACAUUAUUGGCACAGGAAGCUGUGAACUGAUUACAGCCAUGACUUGUAACCUCAUCAUAGAACGUGCUGGACGAAGGAUGCUGAUGAUAGGGGGAUACAGUCUUAUGGCAGUGUGGGCCGUGGUCUUCAUGGUGGCUCUAUCCUUGCAGGAUAAGAUUAGCUGGAUGCCAUAUCUCAGCAUGGCUUGCAUCUUCGCCUAUAUUCUGAGCUUUGGAAUUGGACCAGCCGGUGUGACAGGAAUGCUACCCACUGAGAUUUUUGAUCAGAUGUCCCGCCCUGCUGGCUACAUGAUCUGUGGCUCUUUGCUCUGGACCAACCUAUUUGUGGUGGGAAUGGCAUUUCCUUUCAUUGUGGAAGGACUGGGCCACUUCUGCUAUCUUCCUUUUUUCACAGUUUGUGUCUGCACUGCUCUGUAUGUCAGUUUCUUCCUCCCUGAGACCAGGGGGAAAAGUCUCCUGGAAAUCUCUGAAGAGUUCAACAAGCGCAAUUUCAAAACUCAGACUUGUGAGAAUUCCUGGACAAACUUGGAAGAUACUAAAUCCACCAUGUUGUAACCACUGAGCAAACUGAAAGGUCACUGGCAAUAAGAAAAUCUAUCCUAACUUUCCUGGCUGAGAGCUGAACCCAGUUUGGGUGGGGAAAGAAUCCUUUUUUCAUUUCUGAAAGACUGUAUGGAAAGGUCUUUGCCUCAGAAUGGAAAUGUUCUCUUCAAAAUAUAUGGAAUCAAAAUCUGGAUUUCUGAACUGGCAUGAGUUCAUGGAAUGUCAGUAUUUGGAAUGUCAGUAAUGGAAUGUCAGUAUUUGGACUAGAUUUUAACUCUCAGCAAUUGCAUAAGAGCAGGAAUAAUCAGCCUGGAGGCAGCCAAAAAUCUCCACUUUUAAUGCUCAGAUAUCAGUGUAAUCUGCACAAAGAAAUGUUAUAGGAAUUAUUAGUAACAGGAUUUUCUAGGCAAUUCAGAAUUCUUAAUACAUCUGAAACAAAUUUUGAGAAUCAGUUGUGGUAAUCUCAGGUUUUAAAAUCUGUGAACCCACACCCCAAAACCUAUGCUUUAGAGUCUGAAAAUGUAUCUACUGUUCAAACUGAUUGGAAGUUCUUGUUUGAGGACUGAGGAUUUGUUGUUUAGCAACCUCAAAUCACUGGAGGAGGAAAUAUUUUAACAACCUCCUCCCAUACCUUGCUCCCCCUCUGUGAGGGGGAAAAAAGGCAGAAGACUAUCUAUACCAUCCAUCCCAUCCAACUCACAAAGCUAAUCAUAACUUUGGGAGGUGAUAUUUAAUCAAAAAGACAGGAGAGGCAAGGGGUAUAUAAUCUUACCACCACCCCCAAAAAAGAAUCUUGUGGUACCUUAAAAACUACAUGUUUUGUAGCAUAAACUUGGAGCAUUCAUUAUAACUUUUGUUGAUGCCUGUUGAUCCUGGAUUUCAGGGUCUGGUGUGAUGGGGGCAAGGGAGCUUGGAGGAGGCCCCAGCAUGGUGGUCCUUCUCUGAAUGGCAUCUGCUGCAUGAUUGAUAGUUAUGCAGCCUUCUCUGUGAACUUGUUGAGAAUGUGGGCAGUACCAAGAAAUUCUGGAUAGAAGAAGUCUUCAUUGAUAUGCAUCAUUUAAUAAAUCCUUUGGAUUUUAACCAC